UUUCCAGGACCUCCGGUUGUAGCCGAAUCAAUAGUCGGCACCCAUGCAAGACUGCCAUGUAAUGUAACCCCACCAUUACUCGAAGAUCGUGUGGCCUUGGUGAUAUGGUAUAAAGUUGGACUGAAGACACCCAUUUACAGUGUUGAUACCCGUGAAUCGAACUUUUCCCAUGCCACUCAUUGGUCAGAUGAAGCAUAUCGAGAACGUUUGUCCUUUGCCCUCGAUGGCCGCACCGGUACACUAACCAUGACAAAUGCCCAACAGGAGGAUACGGGCGAAUAUCGGUGCCGUGUCGAUUUUCAAAAGAGCCCAACACGUAAUUCCAAAGUUAAUUUGACCGUCAUAAUUCCACCCGAAUCGAUUACAAUACUGGAUCACAAAGGUACAACAAUAAAGGAUCAUGUUUUGGGUCCAUACAAUGAAGGUGCCAUAAUAAAUAUAACUUGUGUGGCUAUUGGUG